CUACCCUACCAGGGGAGCCAGUUUACGAUUUCCGGUGUCGUUGUUUGAUCAAUUUGAAAGAUGCGACAGUUUUCCAAUUAAUCAGAAACGAAUGGAGAGUUUAGCAAAGCCCCAAAUAAUUUGCCAUCAUUCCAAAUCUUUAGAUUAUGCCAUACACGAUGUUAAAUGGAUACCUUGUUCCGCGAAAUUUGUAUCGGUAGGUGGCAAAUCCAACGGAGCUGGAGUGGUGGAAAUUUACUCAUUAUCGUCCGAAAGAGUGGAAAAAAUCGACGAAUUUUAUAAGAAGGACCACUUCAAAUGUUGCACCUUCGAUGCCUCCAGCUUGAGAAACCGGCAUUUGGCUACUGGAGAUUUUUCUGGACGCUUGCAAGUUUGGGAUAUGGAAGAUACAAUAACACCCGUUUAUAAAUCGACCGUACACACCGCAGUUAUAAAUUCUAUAGAUGGAGUUGCAGGACAAAGUGCAAACUGCGGGGCGCCUGAAAUUGUAACUGGUUCUAGAGAUGGAUGUGUAAUGGUAUGGGAUGUUCGUCAGAAAGAUCUACCGGUUGCAAAGUUUACUCCACUUGAAUCACAAACAGGACGCGACUGUUGGUGUGUGGCUUUUGGAGAUUCGUAUAAUAACGAAGAGAGAGUAAUUGCGGCAGGGUUCGAUAAUGGCGAUGUAAAACUUUUUGACUUGAAAACUAUGAAUGUGAGAUGGUCCAAGUGUCUAAAAAAUGGGGUUGUAGAUCUUCAGUUUGAUCGCAAAGAUAUACCAAUGAAUAAACUAGUGGUUACAACACUGGAAUCGAAAUUUUUUUGCUUUGAUGUACGCACUCAACACCCAAAUAAAGGGUUUGCCAAUUUGUCCGAAAAAGCCCACGCUUCAACCAUCUGGCAGGUCAAACAUCUGCCUCAAAACCGAGAAAUUUUUAUGACCACAGGUGGAAGUGGUUCAUUAUGUCUAUGGAAGUACAUUUACCCUUCAAAACGAGUUGAAAAGGAUUCAGAAGGAAUUCCCUAUGGAAUAAUAGGUGAACUACAGCAACUUCAAAAUAGUAACCUUUCUGACCAACCUAUAACAGCUUACGAUUGGUGCGUUGAUAAAUUGGGAUUGGCUGUAUGCUCUGCUUACGAUCAGACUCUUAGGGUUUUAAUCACUACUAAGUUAAAUCUAUUCUAGUUCAAUCUAAGUGUGUAUUUUUUGGCUUGAAUUGGGUGUUUCCAAUAAAGCAUAAAAACACAUUUGAAUAAUAAAAAAGGAGAUUUAAUUACACAACCAAA